ACCUAGCAUAGAUUCGCGUUGGUGCCGCUGUUUUGUCCUUGGAACAAAUAUUUUUCAUCAUCAACGGGAAAAAUUAAAAAGCAGACAUAAAAGUUAUAGGAAUCAAAAUGAGUAUAUACAAAGACAUUUUGGUGCGGUUUCCACGCGGCGGACUUUCUUACGUAUUUGCCUAUGGCUCUGGUGUCAAACAGCAAGUGGGUUAUGACCAAGUUGGAAAACAAAAAGACUGUGUCAUCGAUUUAGUAUUUUGUGUACGUGAUCCUUUAGGUUGGCAUGCUGAAAAUAUGAGUCGUCAUGAGAGCCACUACUCGGCCAUGAGAUACUUGGGACCCAAAUUAAUCAUGAAAUAUCAGGAGAACUUGGGGGCUGGCAUAUACUUUAAUACAUUAGUACCCUUGCCCGAUUUGGGAGUACAAAUAAAAUACGGUGUCAUAUCAAAAGAACAAAUGCUACAAGAUCUACUGGAGUGGCGCCAUCUUUAUGUAGCGGGACGUUUGCAUAAACCUGUGCAAGAUGUAGUACCAGCUGAUGACGAUAAAGAACUAAAAUCAGCCUUGGCCAUGAACUUACGAAAUGCUUUUCAAGUGGCUUUACUUUUGCUGCCCGAAAGAUUUACCACAUUCGAAUUGUUUCACACCAUCUCUAGUCUAAGUUAUAAGGGAGAUUUUCGCAUGAUCUUUGGUGAAAAUAAAAACAAAGUGGCGAAUAUUGUCAAGGCUCAGGAGAAAGACUUUUUUGAACUGUACUCCCCGGUCAUGAAGGAUUUAGCACAAUAUGUGGCCGUAGACUUUGCAGCCAAAGAAAAAGGCUCAGAUCGCGUUGUUACCCAGUUUGAACAAGAUAAAUCGGAAAAGGCGUUGGAAUAUCAUUUGCGCCAAGCACCGGCUGAAUUACGUAGACGGCUUAUACGUAAUGCUGCAUUUACCGGCAGUUAUAUAGACAUUAUACAAAAUUUAGCCGCUUUAAAGAAUCUUCAUAAAAUCGUACAAGUAUCGGUGAACGAUAUUGUUUGGCGCAGCAGCAUAAAACAAUCUGUGAAGAAUAUUCCCAGUGCCGGAUUACUUAAAUCCGCUGUCUAUAGUUAUCGCAAGGCUUUGAAAACCUUCUCCAACUAAAUAUGAGUUAUCGUUCAAAUUUUUUUUUUGUUGCGUAGUAUGUAGUGAUAAAUAAGUUCAAAGAAAUUGCAAUUACGUGUUAUUUUUUGUAAAACAUUAUAGAUUUUGAAAUAUGUUAAAGAUUUUGUUUUAAGACAAAUCUUGUAAGAUUAUGUAUGAUUUUUUUAGUUGUUAAAAUUUCAUGUGAAAACAUCGUUAUAUUUUUUAUAACUAUUACUAAUUUUUAAAAAUUGUUACAAAUACUCGAAAAAUUUUAAAUUUUUUAAGCAAUUUGUAAUAGUUCAUACUAGUUUCUGGUUACAGAACAGGCCUAACAUGUUAAUAUAUACUUACUCUACUGUCAUUUUCAUCAUUAGAUGGUCUCUCUAAAUGGUUUUUAUAAUUCUGUUAUACGAAUAAUAGUCAAGAAAUGUAAAUCAGAGUGUAAUUUUCUAUUUUUUGAAAUGAAUACCCUUAAUUUUAACUUAAUUCACUAAAACCUUAAUUCGGAAUUAAAAAAUGUCAGCAAUUCAUUCCAUAAAGCCAUUAAUUUUCUCACUCAAAUUAUUAUUUAGCUUUACAUUCUUUAGAAUACAUUCAUCGUUGAACUAAUUCAUAAUGGAAUUAUUUCAUUUGAAUUUAAUAAAAAUUUAAUUAAUCUGUACUUUUUUUAGGAUUUGAAUUCAAUAAGGAAUUAAUUCUAUAAAUAAUGAAUUAUCAAUGGAAUGAAUUCAAUAUAUUUGAAGUACAAAGGAAUUAAACCUACGAAUUAAAUUAUUAACGAAAAGGUUUUGAGAGAAAAUUUAAUUUGAUUUCGAAAAAGAAAAUAAGAAAAUCUCACGUUCUAUAAAUGACAAAACUAUGCAUUUCAGAAAAUUAUGGUUCCAACAAAUUAUAUCCAAAUAUGUUAUCCUAUAAGCUUCAAAAAUCAUAACUUUUGAUUAAAUUUAAGUGCAUUUUAUAAAACAAUUCAAAAAAUCUAAAUGACAAAAUCACGCAUUUUAGAAAAUCCUUAAUGUUAACCUAGUUUAUCUCCUAAAAAGCUUUAUUAAUUGUAUAACUAAUCGUAGUCUUUUAAUUUCUUUUAUAAAAAGUAGUUUAAAAUUAAAACAGAUUUAAUAACAAAUGCCCUAAUGUAUAUUUUGUAAAAUUUCAAUAUUAUUAUAAUAAAAAGAAAAUAUCCUUUAUGAAACCAAUAA